AGAUCCUCAGGCUCUCUGGGCCAGAGUAUAAAAGGCAGCACAGUCAGAGGAGCUUCAUCCACUUCUGCUUUAUUCUCCUUGGUGGAAAAGCCUGGGUGACAACCCCCCUCCCACACCAGCCAUGUCCUGCUACGACCUGUGUCCCCCCACCUCCUGCGGGCCCACCCCGCUGGCCAACAGCUGCAACGAGCCCUGCGUGAGGCAGUGCCAGGACUCCACCUACGUGAUCCAACCCUCUCCCGUGGUGGUGACGCUGCCCGGGCCCAUCCUGAGCUCCUUCCCCCAGAACACCGCCGUGGGCUCCUCGGCCUCGGCCGCCGUGGGCGACGCCCUGAGCGCCGGGGGGGUCCCCAUCAACUCGGGGGGCUCCCUGGGGUUGGGAGGCAGCCUCGGGUAUUCGGGGCUGGGGGGCCUUUAUGGGAGGUCCUACCGCCGUUCCAACCGCUGCGGGCCCUGAGGAGGAGUCGAGGAACGGCCCCGAAGGGAUCCCCUCCAUCCCACCCCGGAGAUGAGGAGCGCGACCCAACUGCAGGACUGAGUUGGUGACCCACGGCUUGCUGACCCCCUCCUUCCCCUCAGCUUUCCCCCUGAGCUACUGGGACUGCAGGAGCUUGGCACUGCUGAUCUGAGGCCUCCCUGUGUUAUCAGCGAGGCGGGAGAAAUGCAUUUUUGGGUUGUUGCCUGUCCAGCUGUAAAG